UUAUAAUUUACAUUUUCUUUACACUAUCAUUUUGCAUAAACUAUAGUGUAAAUUUGUCGUGACAGUUAUCCCCGUCUUAAGCUUCUCUAGAGUGAAGAAUGAUACGACAUUACCACAUACAAACUCUUUUAUCAUUCUUCCCAAAGAGAAGCGUGAGACCGGGGUUGAGAUCUGCCAUGACAAAACACACUUAAUUAGUGUGGCAUUUUUGUUGUUUUCUCCGCGAUUAAACUAUAGCUUAAGCAAAUGAUUAGUGCAAGGAAUAUGUUUUAAUCUUAUAAGAUGAGAUUUUUCAAGUUCGAUCAUAGAUGCUUCCAUCGUAUCAUCAUUGGAUACUCAAGACCAUUCCACAAUCUGGCUUAUACCCAAAUCACCACAGGUUUGGUUGAUCCAUGCUCUCACCACCCAUGGCCCGAGUGGCUAGAUUUGAUUGGUAUGCUUGUGAAAAAAGGUUACUUUGGAGAAAGCUUGAUGAUUUCUAAGGAAUCGAAUCAUAUUCGUACCGCUUGUCUCAAUUUCGCUCGCCAUCGUUUCACUCUCGUGAGAGACUUGUCGAAGAAAGAUAUCAAAGUGAUUGUUGGGUGUGGAUGUCCUAGCAUUGACAGGAAGGUUGUGAACUCGGGAAAGCGUUUAAGAGCUUAUGUGGGCAUUGAUGAAGCAAAUGUGUGUGGCUCUUGCAACUUGAGAGGGAAAUGUGAAAGGGCGUACGCACAAGCACGAGAAGAUGAAGGUGCUCGAACUAUUGAUGUCAUGCGUAUACUGCUAACUCACGGGCUUGAUUCCAUUUCUCCUACUGUGGAGAACCGUGCCUGUCAAACCAAACUUGUUGAAGAUUCUGUGAGGAAGUUGCUGAGAGAAAGUGUAGCGUAUAGCUUAAAAGAUGUUGAAUCUGUUGAGAUUGAGACAGCUCAAGAUGAGCUCCAGCCAAAUGAGAGAGACCCACAAAAAAGGCCAGGAGAUUGGCAUUGUACAGAGUGCAAGUUUUUAAAUUUUGCGAAAAACAUAAGAUGCUUGCGAUGUGAUGUUUUUUCUGAGGAAAGGCUGAAACAGUUGAGGGAAGAACAGAAAGAUCAUCUCCCACUGAAGAAAGGAGACUGGAUAUGCCAAACAUGCAAUUUCCUGAACUUUUCAAAGAACACAAGAUGCUUAAGGUGCAAAGAUAAGCCUACAAUGCGUCAGAUCAAUCCAGGAGAGUGGGAAUGCGAGUCGUGCAAUUACAUAAAUUUUAGAAGGAACUCAAUAUGUUUGAAGUGUGAUCACAAGAGACAAAAGGUUCCAAGUGUCACUCCGGAUUCAAAGACAGUUGCUGAUCGUCACACUCACAGCGGAGUUUCAAAGUCAUGGAGUUUUGUAGAAGAAGAUAGUGAAGAACACUGCAAUGGAGAAAAAGAAGAAGAGGGAGAUGGCUUCAUGGGGUUCCCAGUGGAAGGAGGGAGAAGUAAUGUUUCAAGGAGUGCAGAAAAGAGAGAGCAAUGGAAGUUGGAGAUGAUGACACAGAAGGUUAGAAGCAAUGGGACUGAAGCGAAACAUGAUACAAAGAAGGAAACAGAAUCAAGAUAUUAUGAUCAGAAAAGAAGAAAAGAACUUCUUGGUAACAUUACUGAUGAUGAUGGAGAGAUGGAUGAUUGGUUUGUUUUAAAAGAAGAUAGGUCGAUGACUUAAGCUAUUAUCUAGUUAGAUUUGAAACCACACUCUUUGGUUUCUCCACAGCUUUUUUUCUCUAGUUUGUAAUUCACAUUUGCUUCCAACUUUUUUCUUUUAACUGAUUACUGUUCUCUGUUUUUUUAGUUUUCGUCCUGAAAACUCAAAGUAGAGUUAGUUUGUUGGAAA